UCUCUUUCUCUCUCUCUCUCUCUCUCUCUCUCUCUCUCUCUCCUCCGUUGUCUUUUAAUGUAACUUCUGACUGAUCGGGAGAGCAGGGAGCUUCUGGAGAGCCUGGUUUUGUGGUGACUCCAUCUCUGAUGAAGGACCUGCUCGCUCGGCAUUCUGUCUCUUUUAAAGCUGGACACACACCACAGAGAGGAUCAGAUUGUGUACGUCUGGGAUAACGCCGCUUUCCUCUGGUGGAUUUUGGCUACUCUGUGCAUUGAUUUCCCUCUGUGGAUGUUAUAGUGCAUUAACGGUCUGAAUGAAGCUGUCUUUUUUGGAUUUCAACCACGCCGAAGCUCUUUCUGGGUGACUGCUCAUCCUUUACUUGUGAAGUCGCGCGUUAUAAUUUUAUUACAGUUAUCCAGGCCUAUUUAUUUUUGUUUUUAGCCCCAGUUAAUUUUGCCAAACAUGCCGCAGUCUCCGUGUUUGAAUACGUAUUACUGAUUGGUGUCAACAAAUCGUGUGCGUUAAUUACCGCGUAAAAAAAAAAAAAAAAAAAAAAAAAAAAAAAAGAGGAAAGUUGGGCGCGCAAAGUUUUGGAAGCGGUCGAUAUGGCUAUGGUGGCGUGGAGAAACACCGAGGGCGUCGGGGACACUCAGGGUCCCCUCUCCUCCCCGGUGUCCCAGGUCGCACCGCUGUCUCUGCCCGGGGAGCUGACAGGACACAUGAACCCGGCGCCCUCUCUGGAAAUAACCCAGGCGGUGGGAGCACCCCAGGGAGCGCCGCCACCCAACCCGUCCGGCACCACCGCCGCGACCACCACCGCCACGAACAACAAUAACAACGGCACCUCCUCUUCCUCCUCCUCCUCCUCCUCCUCGUCCAUGGACAAACAGCAGAGCCAGCAGAUCGAGUGCAUCGUGUGCGGGGACAAGUCCAGCGGGAAGCACUACGGACAGUUCACUUGCGAGGGAUGUAAGAGCUUCUUCAAACGCAGCGUCAGGAGGAACCUGAGCUACACCUGCAGGGCCAACAGGAACUGUCCCGUAGACCAACACCACCGCAACCAGUGCCAGUACUGCCGCCUCAAGAAAUGCCUCAAAGUCGGCAUGAGGAGGGAAGGUACGCGCUGGCAACCUCCUGUUGUUCCAUUCGCCGUGCAAAGAGGCAGGAUCCCCACCCAGUCCUACCACGGCCAGUUCGCCCUGACGAACGGAGACCCCCUGCAGUGCCACUCCUACCUAUCGGGCUACAUCUCCCUGCUGCUGCGGGCCGAGCCGUACCCGACCUCCAGGUUCGGCUCCCAGUGUCUGCAGAGCAACAACAUCAUGGGCAUAGAGAACAUCUGCGAGCUGGCGGCCCGGAUGCUGUUCAGCGCCGUGGAGUGGGCCCGCAACAUUCCUUUCUUCCCGGACCUGCAGGUGUCCGACCAGGUGGCGCUUCUCCGCCUCACCUGGAGCGAACUGUUCGUCCUGAACGCCGCCCAGUGCUCCAUGCCCGUCCACGUCGCCCCGCUGCUGGCCGCCGCGGGCCUCCACGCCUCCCCGAUGUCCGCGGACCGCGUGGUGGCCUUCAUGGACCACAUCCGGGUCUUCCAGGAGCAGGUGGAGAAGCUCAAGGUGCUGCACGUGGAUUCGGCGGAGUACAGCUGCAUCAAGGCCAUCGUGCUGUUCACCACAGAUGCUUGCGGCCUGUCGGACGUGGCCCACGUGGAGGGUCUGCAGGAGAAAUCCCAGUGCGCUUUAGAGGAGUACGUGAGGAGCCAGUACCCCAACCAGCCGAACAGGUUUGGGAAGCUGCUGCUUCGCUUGCCUUCCCUCCGCACGGUCUCUUCCUCUGUCAUAGAGCAGCUUUUCUUCGUUCGUCUGGUGGGGAAAACACCCAUAGAAACUCUGAUACGGGACAUGCUGCUGUCUGGGAGCAGCUUCAACUGGCCCUACAUGCCCAUUCAGUAGAGGGGAAACAGAAAAGCUGCAGCAGUGCUACUAAGGUCAGGAAAGGUCCCACACCUCAAAUCAAGUCAUUUCAGAAACCGCAGUGUAAAAAAUCUCUGUUGAUUCAAACAAUGGGGAAAGCGGAGUGCCAGUGGAGUGAGAUUGUUAAAGGAAUUUACAGGAUGAUAAUUAUUUAAUAUUCCGGUUUUUCUUGAUGCCAGAGGAGUGAUCUGCCUUAUACUGCUUUGCAUUCCUGUGUUUCUCGAAAUUUCCCCGAAACUAUUCCGAUGACGUAAAAUGCUCUGACCCCGCUGGCAGAAUUGUUUUCUCGGUCAAAGAGACACAGUAUUCCUUUGGAUGAAAUGACUGGUUACGACGGACGUUUGUUUGCAAUGUGGUGACCUCUCACACCGUCUGGUUUUUGGGAUAACAAACAAUAUUUAUUGGACCUGUGUGUAUAUUUAUCGUGAUUGUAAAUUAUGUUGGAUCCAGUUGUUAUUUUGUUUGUUUUUUUUUUUUUCGUUUUUUUUUGUUGUUUUUCUUUUUUAAUGAAUGUUUUGCGUAUUUUUCCCCCUGGUUAGCGAGAAAACUGCAGGGAUCGUCUUGUGUUGAUCUGUUAUUUUGUUGUUGUUGUUGUUUUCAUACUUUCCAGACUUAGCACUUUGGACUAAAGGAAAAAUUUCAGAAAGAUUUAACAUUGAAACCCAACAUUGUCCGACUUCAACCCGUUUGCUCAGUUGUGUACAGACAGCAAGGUGAGAUUAAAUCCAGCUACUUUGGGUUCUUGUUUUUUUUUUUUUUUUUUUUUUAAUUAUUAUUGACAUACAAAGAAUGAGAACAGCAAAUAAUAUCUGGGAACCGCACUCCUCGUGGUCAGUGUUUGGGCGCUCCAUGUAAUGCAUCACUCGUUCAUCAUUUCUUUGGUAAUAUCACUACUUUUUUUUUUUUUUUUUACAGUACAAAUAAGUCUUGGCAGAUAUAAAUGUAUUGCUCUUGCCAUAAUGUUCCAUUUAUGCUUUCUCUGCCUUCAGAAACUAUGUUGAAAAGCAGUUUAUUUUUUAAGUAUUUACUCAGUUUUGCCACAUCUCAACUUUCCUGUCAUUCGUCAUGUGAGCUGAGAGAUUACAACAAGGUUAAUAAUGGCGGCGGCGAGGCCGAAUGUUCCGUAGCUUCUCACGAAUCUGAUAUUUUUAUAUGCAGAACGGGUGGACAAAGUCCAGAUAAUAUUCCCAAACAGUGACGGGAAACAGGAAAAGUAAUGACAUUACGAGAUUAAUGAUGAAUGCAUUACCAGAUACAUGUGGUGAAUUCAAAAUGUCCAGGACUUUUUCACUGGCUUUCUCAGAGAGAUUUUUAAGAGCACUGGGUCUGACGUGUUACUGUUAUUUCUUAACCGGAAAAAAAGAAAAAAAAAAAAAAGUGGGCACAACGCCCCAGGCCAAGAAACAAAAUUUAUUACAUUACAACUCGUGCAUUUAUGAGCCCAGGCCACUUAAUGGCACAACAGACCACUGCAGGGUAUUGCUGAACUUAGAGUGUGUGCGUGUAUGUGUGUGUGUGUGAGUGUGCAUGUGUGCGUAUAUUUGUGUUUACUUCUUUUUGACAACCACUCUGAUGUACUGUGAAAGCAUAUUGGUUAACAUAUUGGUACCGUAUUAAAUUAUAACUCAAGAUUUAUAAAUAAAGUGUAUUUGGUUUAUUUCA